GAAUGGAGACCCACUGUGAUGCAACACUGGAUGGAGCUCAGUGUUAUGGAGCUCUGGGAGGAACUGUCUCUCUCCAGCUGAUGACCAUUGACAGUAAAGUCCCUGACAUAUUAUUAAAAACCAUCUCCACUGGUGUUACUAAAAUUAUACUCAAAAUUAGAAACAAAACUGAUAAAAAAGUAAAAAUCCACAAAUCCAUUGAAACCAGAGCACACUUCUUUUUCAACAACGGAACAUUUAGGAUAGAUAACACAGAAAGAAGUGAUUCUACUGAAUAUAGACUAGAAACAUUUAAUUCAGAUGGGGAAACAAUAAGGACAAGAAGACUACAACUGUUUAUUGAAGGUAUAGUAAUUAGCUAACCCUUUAAAAAUCUCAUAUUGACAAAUCCUUAUUACUAACCAUAACUUGACUACAGAAGCCUCUGUGGCCUUCUAAUUCUUGAAGAAGUGUUGUUUUCUAAUGUGUUUUUGCGAAUGUCUGCAAAUGUCUACAGAUGUGUAUUCUUCUUCCUCCACAGCCCCAGUGUCCUCUCUUCAGCUGUCCUCUCAGUGUCUCACCCAUGGAGAGAUGAGGGUGACCUGCUCCUCUGAGGGGGAUGGUCCUCAGUACAGCUGGACUCUGGACGGACACACACAGAGAGACACUGAGGCCUCUCCUGGUGACCAGACAAACACCAUGACACUGAAGAGAGGCCUGUCUGGAGAUCUCACCUGCACUGUCAAAAACCACAUCAGCAGUGUUACUGUGAGCAAAAAAAUCUCCCCCUGUGAGGGUAAGCUACUGUUUAAUUACAUUUGUUAAAGAGACAUAUUAUGACAAAUAAUACCAAUGAUUAAUGAUAAUUAUAAUGAUGAUUAUAAUGAUGAUCAAUCUUUAUCAAUGGACAUUGACCUGUUUAGAAAGCACUAUCCAUUUGCCAGUACUACGUUCAGAUACAUAUAAGAUUUCUGUUAAUUUGAUUACCUGCAGGGCUUAUGUAUGUUAACUGCACUUCCAAUGGGACAAAGAUAUCAGAGUGGGUGAUUGCCACUGGUCAUACCCUGUGUAUUGACACUACAGCAGUAGCACACACAACUGUGACAAAGGUCUCCAACAGUAAAACAGAGACAACCAAAGGCAAGGGGUUUGAAACCCUAGUGACCUCCACUCUAAAUCGUCCCACUCUAAAUCUUCGUCAUACUUCUGAUUUAUUAUAAUUCCUUGGAACGCUAUUUUUUGUACUCUGUUUACAGUUUAAGCUAGAAAUGCCAUUUAAACAUUAAGACUUACAGAUCGGUCUGGAAAAGUGUGCUUGUAUUGAACUUUUUUAAAUAUUUCAAACUCUUUGUCCUUCUUUUUUUUACUCCAGCCACUUUAAUGGGAUUUCCUCAACAUUCUAAAGGGCCCGUUGUGACAUCAUGACUUCCAAAAUUCUAUUCUAUUCACUCUAAACAAUGUAACUUUUGACCUAAAUCAGCUACUUUGAACACUUUCCCAACAACUUAGACAAUAGACUUAGAAAGCAUAUGAAAUCUAAGUUUGCUUCUGUGCCUUUCAAAUUUGAAAUCAGAACAGAAUUAUCUUCUGCCGAUCAAAUGAUACAGCUGUUUUGGUAACCACAUCAACUACAUUUCCUUUCAGCUUUUACAAGCAACUUACAUUUUGACCACUUAUCCAUCAAGGUAGAAUAAAAAUCUGAGCAUAUCACAGCUCAGUCUACUUCUCUGCUAUUCAAAUCUGAAAUCAGAACAUAAUGAUCUUCUACCGAUCAAAUGAUACAGCUGUUAUAGUAAUCACAUCAACUACAUUUUCUGUCAACUUUUACAAACGAGAUAUUUUGACCACUUUCCCGACAGGUUAGCCAAAAACUUAGAGGGUAUGACAUCUUGGUCUACUAUGGAAGAGCGGAAUUGCAAUUAUUAAGUGGAAUUAAGAAAUAUUGAAAUAUUAGGAUAAACAUAGGCGGAGUCUGUAUAAAUAUAUAUACACAGAACAAAAAUAUAAAUGCAACAUGUAAAGUGUUGGUCCCAUGCUUCAUGAACUAAAUAAAAAAAUCCUUGUGCUGGGGACAAUAAAAGGCCACGUUAAAAUGUGCAGUUUUGUCACACAACAGAAUGCUACAGAUGUCUCAAUCUUUGAGGGAGCGUGCAAUUGGCAUGCUGACUGCAGGAAUGUGCACCAGGCCUGUUGACAGAGAAUUUAAUGUUAAUUUCUCUACCAUAAGCUGCCUCCAACGUUGUUUGAAAGAAUUUUGCAGUAUGUCCAACCGGCCUCACAACCACAGACCACGUGUAUCCACGCCAGCCUAGGACCUCCACAUCUGACUUCUUCACCUGUGGGAUCAUCUGAGGGUGGGUGGGGUGCUGAGGAAAUUUCUGUCUUUAAUAAAGCUCUUUUGUGGGGAAAAACUCAUUCUGACCGGCUGGGCCUGGCUCCCCAGUGGGUGCACCCCUUGUAAUGUGAAAUAAAUAGAUUAUGGCCUAAUUAAUUUAUUUAAAUUGUAUAUACACACUACUGGUCAAAAGUUUUAGAACACCUACUCAUUCAAGGGUUUUUCUUAAUUUUUGCUAUUUUCUACAUUGUAGAAUAAUAGUGAAGACAUCAAAACUAUGAAAUAACAAAUAUGGAAUCAUGUAGUAACUAAAAAAGUGUUAUACAAAUCAAAAUAUAUUUUAGGUUUGAGAUUCUUCAAAUAUCACCCUUUGCCAUUAUGACAGCUUUGCACAGUCUUGGCAUUCUCUCAACCAGCUUCACCUGGAAUGUUUUUCCAACAGUCUUGAAGGAGUUCCCACAUAUGCUGAGCACUUGUUGGCUGCUUUUCCUUCACUCUGCGGUCUGACUCAUCCCAAACCAUCUCAAUUGGGUUGAGGUCGGGGGCUUGUGGAGGCCAGGUCAUCUGAUGCAACACUCCAUCACUCUCUUUCUUGGUAAAAUAGCCCUUACACAGCCUGAAGGUGUGUUGGGUCAUUGUCCUGUUGAAAAACAAAUGAUAGUCCCACUAAGCCCAAACCAGAUGGGAUGGCGUAUCACUGCAGAAUGCUGUGGUAGCCAUGCUGGUUAAGUUUGCCUUCAUUUCUAAAUAAAUCACAGACAGUGUCACCAGCAAACACCCCCACACCAUAACACCUCCUCCUCAAUGCAUUACAGUGGGAAAUACACAUGCGGAGAUCAUCAGUUUAACCACACUGCAUCUCACAAAGCCACGGUGGUUGGAAUCAAAAAUCUCAAAUUUGGACUCCAGUUCAAAGGACACAUUUCCCCCGGUCAUUUUGUUAAGUUACAGCCUUAUUCUAAAAUGUAUUAAAUAGUUGUUUCCCUCUCAUCAAUAUACACACACAAUACUCCAUAAUGGCAAAGCAAAAACAUGUUUUUAGAUAUUUUUGCAAAUGUAUAUUUUAAAAAAGAGCAACAUUUUGCAAAUUUAUAAAAAACGGAAAUAUCACAUUUACAUAAAUAUUCAGACCCUUUACUCCGUACUUUGUUGAAGCACCUUUGGCAGUGAUUACAGCCUUGAGUCUUCUUGGGUAUGACGCUACAAGCUUGGCACACCUGAAUUUGGGGAGUUUCGUUCUUCUCUGCAGAUCCUCUCAAGCUCAGUCAGGUCGGAUAGGGAGCGUUACUACACAGCUAUUUUCAGGUCUCUCCAGAGAUUGUCGAUAGGGUUCAUGUCCUGGCUCUGGCUGGACCAAUCAAGGACAUUCAGAGACUUUUCCCGAAACCACUCCAACAUUGACUUGGCUGUGUGCUUAAGGUCGUUGUACUGUUGGAAGGUGAACCACCGCCCCAGUCUGAGGUUCUGAGCGCUCUGGAACAGGUUUUCAUCAAGGAUCUCGCUGUACUUUGCUCCGUUCAUCUUUCCAUUAAUCAUGACGAUCUCCCAGUCCCUUCUGCUGAAAAACAUCAACACAGCAUGCUGCUGCCACCACCUUGCUUCACCGUAGGGAUGGUGCCAGGUUUCCUCCAGACUUAACGUUUGGCAUUCAGGCCAAAGAGUUCAAUCUUGUUUCUCAUGGUCUGAGAGUCCUUUAGGUGAAUUUUGGCAAACUCGAAGCGGGCUGUCAUGUGCCAUUUACUGAGGACUGGCUUCUGUCUGGCCACUCUACCAUAAAGGCCUGAUUGGUUGAGUGCUGCAGAGAUGGUUUUCCUUCUGGAAGGUUCUCCCAUCUCCACAGAGGAACUCUGGAGCUCUGUCAGAGUGACCAUCGAGCUCUUGGUCACCUCCCUGACCAAGGCCCUUCUUCCCCGAUUGUUCAGUUUGGCCGGGCGGCCAGCUCUAGGAAGAGUCUUGGUGGUUCCAAACUUCUUCCAUUAAAGAAUGAUGGAGGCCACUGUGUUUUGGGGGACCUUCAAAGCUGCUGAAAUGUUUUUGUAUCCUUCCCCAGAUCUGUGGCGCGAUAUAAUCCUGUCUCAGAACUCUACGGCCAAUUCCAUCGACCUCAUGGCUUGGUGUUUGCUCUGACAUGCACUGUCAACUGUGGGCCCUUAUAUAGACAGGUGUGUGCCGUUCCAAAUCAUGUCCAAUCAAUUGAAUUUACCACAGGUGGACUCCAAUCACGUUGUAGAAACAUCUCAAGGAUGAUCAUUGGAAAUAGGAUGCAUCUGAGCUCAAUUUCUAGUCUCAUAGCAUAGUGUCUGAAUGCUUAUGUAAAUAAGGUAUUUCUGUCUUUCAUUUUUUAUACAUUUGCAAAAAAAUUCUAAAAACCUGUUUUUGGUUUGCCAUGAUGGGGUAUUUUGUAUCGAUAUGUCAUAUUUUUUAGAAUAAGGCUGUAACGUCACAAAAUAUGGAAAAAUUGAAGGCGUCUGAAUACUUUCUUAAUGCACUGUAAGUGAAUUUGUCCAAAUACUUUUGGUUCCCUAAAAUGGAGGGACUAUGUACAAAAAGUGCUGUAAUUUCUAAAUUAUUCACCCGAUAUGGACGUAAAUACCCUCACAUUAAAGCUGUCAGUCUGCACUUUAACCUCAUAGUCAUUGUAUCAUUUCAAAUCCUAAGUGCUGUCCAAAUACCUUUUGACCUCACUGUAUGUCAACUGCACCUUAUCCAACGAGAUAAAUAUAUCAGUAGGUAAAUGCAGCUGACAAUACACUGUGUGUUGAGGCUGGAACAGCCAGUAGGCCCACGUUGAAAAAUGACAUCAACAAUCAAACCAUCAACCAGGAAAUCACCUCAUGUGCAUGUAUGUUUAAUGCUGUCAUUUUCACAGAUUUUAUUAAUUUGCUGUUCAUUGGUCUCUCUUGUUUUCCACAGGGCCAGGGGUAAAUGUGUUUGUUUAUUUCCAACUUCUUCAAGUCUUCAUUCUGCUGACAGUCUGUCUGGGAUCAUACUGGUUUUACAAGAAGAAAACCAGUUCUCAAGCACAAGAUCAGUAACCGUGCAUUGUACCUUUUUAAUUAAGGUCUAUCUUUGUUUGAUACGUUUCUCAUUUUAUUCUGUUUAAUGCUCUCUCGCUCGCUCUCGCUCUCUCUCUCCAUAUGAUGGUCAUUAGUGUAUGAAGUUGAUCACAGUGGGAUUACCUUAUGACAUAACUGCUAAUGAUGAUGUAAUACUGCUUACAUUUGAAAUGUUUGAUAUCGUUAUUUUAACCUUUAAAUAAGCUUUAAUUAUCAUUUAGAAUGGUAAAUGAGUGUAUAUUGCAUUGCAGCGUUUUGUUUUAUGUCGCUUGUGAUAUAGUGCAGUCACAGAAAUGCAUGAGAUUGGGAAGGCUUUUUACAUGAGGACCUGUAACAUAAAGACACUUUCCUUCUUCUUGUCACUGUUGUAUCUUUAGAAAUGUUCUUAAAUAAUCAUUACUGACACUGUGAAAUGAAAGUGAAUUUGUUUAAACACUUCCUUUCCUGUAGAACAUAGCUACCUACAAACACCAUACAUAGCUGGAGUGUUCAAGCAGCUUUAGUGACCAUUUGAAUAAGAUUGUUUUGUUGUUGUUGUAAUACACAGUGGAGACCCACAUUGUGAGUCAAUGGUUGAAGGCUUUAAUUAAUACAGAUCUUAAUAUUAAUAAGGGUUUUGUUGUGUAAGUCUAGUUUCAGUUCUUGAUAAGGCAUGCCAGCUGCGGAACUAGGGAGGAGUGAGGAAUUAGGCUCGAGGUCAAGUCAAAAGAUGAAGUGAGAAGACACCUCUGGGAGGGGGGCCAGAGGGGCCCAACACAAUGACUCUCCUACUACAGUCCUAUCUCACACACAUACAUUUCCACACCCACAAAGGUUCUAGCACCAGGCAGGGCCAUGACUACACCAGUGAGAGGAUCAAUUAAGUUCCUGCCUAGCAACAGAGAUGUAUUGGCUGUCUAGUAGGAAGUUAUAAAUAUAUGUGCUUGUCCAAUCAUGCUUGGUCUUUGCAACUGUAUGACCCACUGGGUGAAUAAACUUGGUUUUAGCUAUUCCUAGUUGUCCGUUUCAAUUUUUACUCUGUUUGUUCAGAACCUAACAAUACACAUAUUUAGCAGAUGUUAUUGCGGGUGUAGCAAAAUGCUUGUGUUCCUAACUCCAACAGUGCAGUAAUAUCUAACAAUACAAAACAAUACACACAAAUCUAAAAAGUAAAAAAAUGGAAUUAAGAAAUAUUGAAAUAUUAGGAUGAACAUUGGCUUAGUCCGGAGUAUAAAUAUAUAUACACUGAAUAAAAAUAUAAACGCAACAUGUAAAGUGUUGGUCCCAUGCUUCAUGAGCGAAAAAACAAAAAAUCCCAGGCAUUUUACAUACGCCAAAAAUAUUAUUUUUCUCAAAUGUUGUGCAUAAAUUUGUUUACAUCGCUGUUAGUGAGCAUUUCUCCUUUGCCAAGAUAAGCCACCUGAAAGGUGUGGCAUAUCAAGAAGCUGAUUAAAGAGCAUGAUCAUUACACAGGUUCACCUUGUGCUGGGGACAAUAAAAGCCCACGUUAAAAUGUGCAGUUUUGUCACACAACAGAAUGCUACAGAUGUCUCAAGCUUUGAGGGAGCAUGCAAUUGGAAUGCUGACUGCAGGAAUGUCCACCAGGCCUGUUGAUAGAGAAUUUAAUGUUAAUUUCACUACCAUAAGCUGCCUCCAACGUUGUUUGAAAGAAUUUUGCAGUAUGUCCAACCGGCCUCACAACCACAGACCACGUGUAACCACACCAGCCUAGGACCUCCACAUCUAACUUCUUCACCUGUGGGAUCAUCUGAGGAUGGGUGGGUGGGGUGCUGAAGAUAAUUUCUGUCUGUAAUAAAGCUCUUUUGUGGGAAAAGUAACCAAAACAGUAUUAAACAAAUCAAAAUAUAUUUUAUGUUUGAGAUUCUUCAAAUAGCCACCCUUUGCCUUGAUGACAGCUUUGCACACUCUUGGCAUUCUCUCAACCAGCUUCACCUGGAAUGUUUUUCCAACAGUCUUGAAGGAGUUCCCACAUAUGCUGUGCACUUGUUGGCUGCUUUUCCUUCACUCUGCGGUCCGACUCAUCCCAAACCAUCUCAAUUGGCUUGAGGUCGGGGGAUUGUGGAUGCCAGGUCAUCUGAUACAGCACUCCCUCACUCUCUUUCUUUGUAAAAUGCCCUUACACAGCCUGAAGGUGUGUUGGGUCAUUGUCCUGUUGAAAAACAAAUGAUGGUCCAACUAAUCCCAAACCAGAUGGGAUGGCGUAUCACUGCAGAAUGCUGUGGUAGCCAUGCUGGUUAAGUGUGCCUUGCAUUCUAAAUAAAUCACAGACAGUGUCACCAACAAAGCACCCCCACACAUUAACACCUCCUCCUCCAUGCUUUACAGUGGGAAAUACACAUGCGGAGAUCAUCAGUUCAACCACACCGCAUCUCACAAAGCCACGGUGGUUGGAAUAAAAAAUCUCCAAUUUGGACUCCAGUCCAAAGGACACAUUUCCACCAGUCAUUUUGUUAAGUUACAGCCUUAUUCUAAAAUGUAUUAAUUAAUUUUUUUCCCUCAUCAAUAUAAACACAAUACUCCAUAAUGGCAAAGCAAAAACAUGUUUUUAGAUAUUUUUUCAAAUGUAUAUAUUAAUAUUUCUAGAAAACAGAAAUAUCACAUUUACAUAAGUAUUCAGACCCUUUACUCUGUACUUUGUUGAAGCACCUUUGACAGUGAUUACAUCCUCGAGUCUUAUUGGGUAUGACACUACAAGCUUGGCACACCUGUAUUUGGGGAGUUUCGCUCAUUCUUCUCUGCAGAUCCUCUCAAGCUCUGUCAGGUCGGAUGGUUGCUGCACAGCUAUUUUCAGGUCUCUCCAGAGAUAUUCGAUAGGGUUCAAGUCCGGGCUCUGGCUGGGCCAAUCAAGGACAUUCAGAGACUUUUCCCGAAACCACUCCAACAUUGUCUUGGCUGUGUGGUUAAGGUCGUUGUACUGUUGGAAGGUGAACCAUCGCCCCAGUCUGAGGUCCUGAGCGCUCCGGAGGAGGUUUUCAUCAAGGAUCACUCUGUACUUUGCUCCGUUCAUCUUUCCAUCAAUCAUGACGAGUCUCCCAGUCCCUGCUGCUGAAAAACAUAAACAAAGCAUGCUGCUGCCACCACCUUGCUUCACCGUAGGGAUGGUGCCAGGUUUCCUCCAGACUUAACGCUUGGCAUUCAGGCCAAAGAGUUCAAUCUUGGUUUCAUCAGACCAGAGAAUCUUGUUUCUCAUGGUCUGAGAGUCCUUUAGGUGCCUUUUAGCAAACUCGAAGCGGGCUGUCAUGUGCCUUUUACUGAGGACUGGCUUCUGUCUGGCCACUCUACAAUGAAGGCCUGAUUGGUGGAGUGCUGCGGAGAUGGUUGUUCACAGAGGAACUCAGAGGAACUCUGGAUCUCUGUCAGAGUGACCAUCAGGUUCUUGUUCACCUCCCUGACCAAGGCCCUUCUCCCCCGAUUGUUCAGUUUGGCCGGCGGCCAGCUCUUGGAAGACUCUUGGCGGUUCCAAACUUCUUCCAUUUAAGAAUGAUAGAUGCCAUUGUGUUCUUGGUGACCUUCAAUGCUGCUGAAAUGUUUUUGUACCCUUCCCCAGAUCUGUGCCGCUACACAAUCCUGUCUCAGAGCUCUACGGCCAAUUCCAUCGACCUCAUGGCUUGGUGUUUGCUCUGACAUGCACUGUCAACUGUGGGCCCUUAUAUAGACAGGUGUGUGUCGUUCCAAAUCAUGUCCAAUCAAUUGAAUAUACCACAGGUAGACUCCAAUCACGUUGUAGAAACAUCUCAAGGAUGAUCAAUGGAAACAGGAUGCACCUGAGCUCAAUUACUAAUCUCAUAGCAAAGUGUCUGAAUUUCUGUCUUUUAUUUUUUAUACAUUUGCCAAAAAAAUCUAAAAACCUGUUUUUGCUUUGCCAUGAUGGGGUAUUUUGUAUCGAUAUGUAAUCUUUUUUAGAAUAAGGCUGUAACGUAACAAAAUAUGGAAAAAUUGAAGGCGUCUGAAUACUUUCUUAAUGCACUGUAAGUGAAUUUGUCCAAAUACUUUUGGUUCCCUAAAAUGGAGGGACUAUGUACAAAAAGUGCUGUAAUUUCUAAAUGAUUCACCCGAUAUGGACGUAAAUACCCUCACAUUAAAGCUGUCUGUCUACACUUUAACCUCAUAGUCAUUGUAUCUUUUCAAAUCCUAAGCGCUGUCCAAAUACUUUUUGACCUCACUGUAUGUCAACUGCACCUUAUCCAACGAGAUAAAUAUAUCAGUAGGUAAAUGCAGCUGACAAUACACUGUGUGUUGAGGCAAGAACAGCCAGUAGGCCCACGUUGACAAAUGACAUCAACAAUCAAACCGUCAACCAGGAAAUCACCUCAGAUUUUAUUAAUUUGCUCUUCAUUCGUCUCCCCUAUUUUUUAAACAGAGCCAGGGGUAAAUGUGUUUGUUCAUUUCCAACUUCUUGAAAGCUUCAUUCUGCUGACAGUCUGUCUGGGAUUAUACUAGUUUUACAAGAAGAAAACCUGCCCUCAAGCACAAGAUCAGUAACCGUGGUUGAAAAACUAGUUUUAAUGACUCAAACCUAAGUGUAUGUAAACUUCCGACUUCAACUUUAUGUAGUAUCAGAAAGAUACAGUUGAAGUCGGAAGUUUACAUACACUUAGGUUGGAGUCAUUAAAACUCGUUUUAUAACCACUCCAUAAAUUUCUUGUUAACAAACCAUAGUUUUGGCAAGUCGGUUAGGACAUCUACUUUGUGCAUGACACAAGUAAUUUUUCCAACAAUUGUUUACAGACAGAUUAUUUCACUUAUAAUUCACUGUAUCACAAUUCCAGUUGACUGUGCCUUUAAACAGCUAGGAAAAUUCCAGAAAAUGAUAUCAUGGCUUUAGAAGCUUCUGAUAGGCUAAUUGACAUCAUUUGAGUCAAUUGGAGGUGUACCUGUGGAUGUAUUUCAAGGCCUACCUUCAAACUCAGUGCCUCUUUGCUUGACAUCAUGGGAAAAUCAAAAUAAAUCAGCCAAGACCUCUGAAAAACAAUUAUAGACCUCCACAAGUCUGGUUCAUCCUUGGGAGCAAUUUCCAAAUGCCUGAAGGUACCACGUUCAUCUGUACAAACAAUAGUAUGAAAGUAUAAACACCAUGGGACCACACAGCCGUCAUACCGCUCAGGAAGGAGACGCUUUCUGUCUCCUAGAGAUGAACGUACUUUGGUGCGAAAAGUGCAAAUCAAUCCCAGAACAACAGCAAAGGACCUUGUGAAGAUGCUGGAGGAAACAGGUACAAAUUUAUCUAUAUCCACAGUAAAUGAGUCCUAUAUCGACAUAACCUGAAAGGCCGCUCAGCAAGGAAGAAGCCACUGCUCCAAAACCGCCAUAAAAAAGACAGACUACGGUUUACAACUGCACAUGGGGACAAAGAUUGUACUUUUUGGAGAAAUGUCCUCUGGUCUGAUGAAACAAAAAUAGAACUGUUUGGCCAUAAUGACCAUCGUUACGUUUGGAGGAAAAAGGGGGGAUCUGCAAGCCGAAGAACACCAUCCCAACCGUGAAGCACGGGGUGGCAGCAUCAUGCUGUGGGGGUGCUUUGCUGCAGGAGGGACUGGUGCACUUCACAAAAUCGAUGGCAUCAUUAGGAAGGGAAAUUAUGUGGAUAUAUUGAAGCAACAUCUCAAGACAUCAGUCAGGAAGUUAAAGCUUGGUCGCAAAUGGGUCUUCCAAAUGGACAAUGACCCCAAGCAUACUUGUGGCAAAAUGGCUUAAGGACAACAAAGUCAAGGUAUUGGAGUGGCCAUCCCAAAGCCCUGACCUCAAGCCUAUAGAACAUUUGUGGGCAGAGCUGAAAAGCAUGUGCGAGCAAGAAGGCCUACAAACCUGACUCAGUUACACCAGAUCUGUCAGGAGGAAUGGGCCAAAAUUUUCCCAACGUAUUGUGGGAAGCUUGUGGAAGGCUACCCAAAACAUUUGACCCAAGAUUUUUUCAAACCCACAACCCUGGCGUUGCAAACACCAUGCUCUAUCAACUCAGCUACAUCCCUGCCAGCUAUUCCCUCCCCUACCCUGGACCAAUUGUGCACCGCCCAUGAGUCUCCCGGUCGCGGCCAGCUGCAACAGAGCCUGGAUUCGAACCAGGAUCUCUAGUGGCACAGCUAGCACUGUGAUGCAGUGCCUUAGACCACUGCGCCACUCAGGAGAGUUAAUUGUAUGUAAACUUCUGACCCAAUGGGAAUGUGAUGAAAGAAAUAAAAUCUGAAAUAAAUCAUUCUCUCUACUGUUUCUCUGACAUUUCACAUUAUUAAAAUAAAGUGGUGAUCCUAACUGACCUAAGACAGGGCAUUUUUACUAGGAUUAAAUGUCAGGAAUGUGAAAAACUUAGUUAAAAUAUAUUUGGCUAAGGUGUAUGAAAACUUCUGACUUCAACUGUGCAUUUGGAUUGCACCUCCAUCUUAUCACUAAAAUCAGUAGUAAACAAUCUUUCUUUUCAAAGUAAGUUUGUUCAAUGUUUGCUUGUAAAAUGAUCAGUUUGGUCACAAAGUGAAUAAGUGAAAUUAUGAAAGAGGUUCAGUUGAGAAAGUUGUCAUUUUCUUAAAAACUGCCCUUUUUCUAUCUUUGCAGGAUUGGAGACCUCCUGUGAUGCUAGAAAGGAUGGAACUAAGUGUUAUGGAGCUCUGGGAGGAACUGUCUAUCUCCAGUUGAUCAUCAACGCCAGUGGACAUGAGCUUGAAUUCAAGAACAACAUCACAGGGACAAACGUUUUCAAAUUAGAAAACGGCAAAGUCAAAACAAACCCUCCUUUAAAACACAGAGCAGUGUUCUAUGUGGAAGAUGGGAUGUUGAUGCUCAGUAACACAGAGAAGGCUGAUUAUGGGAAAUAUGACUUAAACAUUUACAACUCAGAGGGGAUGCUUCUGAACACAAGACAAUUAGACCUACUCCUGGUUACUGAAGGUAUAGAACUUUGAAACACUUUAUUUGGAUUGUCGCCAAUAUAUGGUUUAUAGAUGUUCAACUAACUGUCAACAAACUAUUUAACUAACUAACUAUCCACUAACUCUAACUAACCCUAGCCCCAACCUAAACCAUUACUUAACCUUCAUGACUGUUUUAGAGAGUGAAAUAAUAGCUGUCUUUACUCAUUCCUCGACAGCCCCAGUGUCCCCUCCUCAGCUGUCCUCUGAGUGUCUGUCCCAAGAAGAGAUGAGGGUGACCUGCUCCUUUGAGGGGACAGUCCCCAGUACAGCUGGACUCUGGACGGACAGACAC